UCAGCUGUGUUUGUGUACAAUUACGAAGUGCGCUCCGAACUUGUACGUUUCGCGAGUUCGUUGUUACAUUGUUUUCUGUCAAACUGUGGUGCGAGAUGGAACCACCGGGCGGGAGGGAUUCCCGUUUCAACCUCGGGUACAGCAUGAAUUUGCUAAGUAGUGAAACUCCACCGGAAAUUUACGGCAACCCCAAUCUAGGCAGGCCGUCAACCAGUCUACAGCAAAUGUCCCCAAGGCAUACUAUGGUAUCUAGUGCAUGUAAUCGCGGCCUCAAGUCAGACUUGUACGACGAGAGAGGCAUGUCCAGUCAAGGAAUAGGACUCGAUAGUUGUGUGAAUGACAUCAGCGACGAUACAUACUCGAUGCAGUCGAAAAAGUCGCCACCGAACAACGGAAAGAAGACCAAAGGUCGUGUUAAGAUCAAGAUGGAGUAUAUCGAGAACAAACUGAGAAGGUAUACCACAUUUUCAAAGAGGAAAACUGGAAUAAUGAAGAAGGUUUGGAAGGUGAUAUUUUCAAUAUUCCUUUAUUACAAUCGAGGCAAUGAAAGAAUACACAUGUGUCAUCAAUUUGCGCAUCUAAUAUAAAUCAACGGACUGAGAAAACCAGACAGUGUGGCUAUUGCUCCUAUGUAAUUCUCCAUACAACCAUCGAACCAUACAAUGAAUU